AUGGCAGCCGAGCGCGCGGUGGUGCCCUGGUACCAUCAGGAGAUGCAAAUGACGCCCUUCGAGCAGUUCUGCAAGGCCAACAUCUACCCCUUGUGGUUUAAGUAUGUCAAGGGACCCUUCGAGCGCUACCAGUAUGAGCACAUGAUCGCUGAGUUGCGUGGCCAUGGAUUGAUGCUGGAUGACCAGCUCAACGACAAGGAGCCCGUCAUCGAGCGAGCUCUGGAGCUGCUUCCACACGACCUUAUCGUGGGCCGCUACCGUCGUUUGAUGAGGGCACAGGAGAUGAUGGCGAAGAAGUUGCACUUGCCCUUGGCUGAGCAGAACUAUGAUCCAAUGAUCCCAUACAUGGCACCUUCCAUUGAAGAGGCCAAGUUCCAGCUGCAAGAAGAGCAAGAACUUCUGCAGUUCCACCCUUGGGAUCGGCGUUUGUUCUCCGGACAUACCACUGGCUUGGGUGAAUCUACACCCUACUCCACCUUCAUGACUUGGUGA